AUGGCGACUCCAGGGACUUUGUCUCAAAGUCCCUCUGGGGCGGGGGUGCAGCUGCUCCAAGAGGAGCUGCGGAACCUGAGCGAUGGCCUAGAAGCGAAGGAAGAGGAGAUGCUGGACAUCCAAUUCAGCAUGGUGGAGCUGCAGAAUCGUUGUUUGGACCAGGGCGCGCUGGUGGAGGAGAACGCGGAUGCCUUCCAAAAGGCCUCCGAGGAGUUGGCGGAGAAGGAGGAGGCGCGGGAGGAGUUGCCAGUCGAGCCAUGGGAAGAUAUGGGAAGCGUUGAUAUGGCCUCAAGGGAGUGA